AUGAGUGCCAACGAUCCUGGACAUAUAAAUAAUCUUAAUAAAGAUCAAGAAGAAAAUCUUAAAAGUUUUUGGAUAUCUCUUUUUGAUAAAAUAACUAGUGAAAAUAAAGUAUCAUUAGAAAAUUUUUAUGAUUCGACUUAUGGAAAAGAAUUAUUUUAUGCAUUUGCUAAUGAUAAUCCAGAUGUUACUUUAUUACGAUGGCUUCGUGCAAGAAAAUGGAAUGUUAGUCACGCUUUAGAACAACUUAUUGAUACAUUAAAAUGGAGAUUGCAAUGGGGUGUUAAGCAACUUGUUGCUGAAGGAGAAUCAGCGCUUUGCUAUGAAGAAAUCCUAACAGGCAAAACAUCAUAUAUUGGUUAUGAUCGAGUUGGUCGUCCAAUAACUUAUGUGGCUGCAAAAGAUCAUAUAAAAGGUCAAUUUCCAUUAGAAUCAACAGGAAAACUAGCUGUACUUUCUAUGGAAAUAGGACGAAAAUUAUUACAUAAUCCAGUUGAAUCUGUAACAGUUAUUUUUGAUAUGGCUGGGUUUUCACUGAAAAAUAUGGAUUAUCAACAUACACAAUUUCUUUUAAAUCUUCUACAGAACUAUUAUCCGGAAUCACUUGGUCUUGCACUUAUUGUAAAUGCUCCUUGGCUAUUUAAUAGUUGUUGGUAUAUUAUCAAAGCAUGGUUAGAUCCAGUUGUUGAAAGUAAAAUUCAUUUUAUUAAUAAUCUUGAUGAUUUAACUAAGUUUAUUGAUUUAUCAAAUACACCAAAACGAUUAAAUGGUAACAAUCCAGAUUUUAAGUAUAUACCACCAACAGAACAAGAUAAUAUUAUGUUAUCUGCAUUUCGUGCCGAUUCUUAUGGACAUAAACAAGCAAGCGAAAAUCAUGAACAAGCUUCGAUAAAUUAUCUUCGUAUUACUUUAGAAUGGGCACAGAAAAAACAUGAUAAAUAUAUAUUAGAAGAAAGGAAAAAAGCGAUGAAAGAAUUGCGAGAUGCAUAUGAACAACUUAUACCAUAUAUAAGUACUCGAACACAUUAUCAUAGAAAUGGAUUUAUUCAUGAACCAGUAUUUGAUAUAACUUAUAAAAAAAUUCAACAAGAAAAUAAACAAAAAAUUGUUCAUUUUUAA